GCGGCGGCGGCGGCCGGAUAACGGCGGCAGGUGGUUGUGCCCGCGUCCUGGGCAGUCCCGGCAUUCCCGGCAUCGCCUCCUCGGCGGCGGGGCUUGGGAGAGCGGCGAGCGGCUUGGCGCGGUGGCACCGUCCCGGGGAGAAGUGUAUAGCUUAGUGUUAUGGGUGAUAAGGAAGAAGCUAAAAUGCAGAUAACACCAGAAACUCCGGGACGAGUCACAAUCCUGAAUCCUUUUGAAAGUCCCAGUGAUUAUUACACUCUUCAGGAGCAGAUUGUUUCCAGUCCUUUGGUCUUAAAGUCAACGAAAUCCUCAUCUACACCAGGAAAAUUCAGGUGGUCUAUUGAUCAGCUUGCUCUGAUAAAUCCUGUGGAAAUAGACUCGGAAGACAUUCGACGCCAAGGAAUGUAUUUGAGCCAUGCUAGAAUUGAUAAGGAGACAGAAGACAGAAGGCAAAAAGCUAUUGAGGAGUUUUUCACAAAAAAACUCAUUGUUCCUUCUCCUUGGACUGAACAUGAAGGCAAGCAAGUUUCUCAGUUUAAUUCAACUAAAUCCAUAGAUAUAAAUAACAUUUCUCCAAUUGGAAGACAGCUGAGCUUGCAGCCUGGGAAAAGCAAUGCUGCUUGUCAGACAGUACUGUCUUUGCCAGUGGAUUUUAAUUUAGAGAAAAUACUAGGUGAAUAUUUUAGAACUGAUGAAUUUGCAGAUCAGUCUCAGGAAAAUCUGAGCUCUUCAUCACUCAGAAGAAAGCUGUUUUUAGAAGAAAAUGGGAAUGUAUCUGCAUGUUUGUCCCCUUCUCUGCAUAGUCCAUGUGGGAGUCAGCAACUUGGAGUGCUUUGUUCAAUAGAAUUGUCUCCAGUCCGGUGCAGAAGCCCCCUGGACACGUCUAGUUCAGCUCAGUUUUCAUCAAGUCCUAUUCAGGGAGGAACAAGAGCUUAUAGUCUGGGAAGUAUAACCAGUCCCCCAUUUUCAGAGGGGUCUCCUGCACAUAAUGGUUCUCCUGCUUUUUCACCAAUUGCUUUUCACAUAAGAAAAACACCACUCUCAGACCAAAGAAAAUUUACGUUUCGUUCUCCAGAUAUUCCUUCUUCCUCAAACAGAAUGACACCCCCAAGUACAAGAAGUCCUUACAUAGAUGGUUGUUCUCCAAUUAAAAAUUGCUCUCCUAUGAGGCUUGGAGCAUGUAGAGGAAAUGCCCAAUAUCAGACUUCUGUCAUUAGAAUACCAAUUGCUGUUGAGAAUCGUGAUGAGGAUGAGGAAGACAAGGAAAACUCUUCUCCAGCAGAAGCUCGGUUCCCAGAAAUGGACAAUAGGAUAAACUUACAUCAGGAAGACAGUGAUACUUUUGCACAUGGUGCACAUCUUGUGGUGACAACUGUGUCUAUUGCACCAGAUCACUCAGAAGGUUGUCAUCAAAGGUUGUCAUCAUUUCGGGAUAUAGAAGGCUUAAAGGAAAGUAAUACUGUAGACAUGGCUGAUGCAGCUGAAGUGUCAGAGGAAAACACUUGGAUAAAAGAAACCGUUGGCAGUAGCAAUACACCAAUGACCAGCUUUAUGACAGGCAUUACUUUCAGUAUUGAAAGCUCUCGCAUGUGCAUGUCACCUCUUGCAGAAAGCAGUGCAAUUCCUUGUGACAACAGUAGUAUUCAGGUGGACAGUGGUUACAAUACACAGAGUUGUGGAAACAGCAUUAUGGAUACUGUGGGGGCUGAAAACAGUUGCAGAGAAAAUGAUGUGAAUACCGUCAUGUUUCAGAAUAAAUCUCAGCUGCUUAGAACAAAGGAGUGUUCUGUUUUAAGCCAUAAGGACAAUCAGUUGCUGAGAACAAAAUCUCCAGAGAAGCAAUCCUGUUUUCAAAAAGCCAAAACACAUAGCACAGUAUUUGGUCAAAAUGCAACUUGCAACAUUUCUGCUUGGAAACAUAAAAAUGAAAAUCAAGUUCAGGGAUUUCACAAAAGUGGUAUGUAGUUUUUUGAUGGAGAAUUUAAGCUGUGGUUUCUAACAAGUUUUUAUACAUAUGACCUCAAUUACCUGGAUUAUACAUACUAUUUUGCUUUUCUAAUGCAAAUGUAAUGAAUUGUUUGGUAUAUAUUAAGGGAGUUUUUAAAUGUGGGAUUUUUCAGGUCUUAUUAAGAAAUUUAUUGGUGUCAUUAAGUGAUCAUUUUUGAAAAUAAAGGUGUCUGGAUUUGUAGAGACACAAUAGGUUUUUUUCCAAAUUGUAUUCCUUCUGUGACUAGGGUGGAGAUUCCAUGAGCAGCCUAGGAUAACUUGCAUAGGAACCAGUAUAACCUACAUUUUAAGAUUUGUCCCUGCUAAAGGCAAAAGGGACAUUCUUCUUUGUGGGAAAGAAAAAGUGAAAGGGUUAUUAGUCUGGUUGUGGAUUGCUUUUCUCCACCCAGAUACACUGUGGACUUCAUAAAUACUAUCACUAGUACCAAGAGUAAGUGACUGGACAGAAGUGAACUGCUUGGUGUGAGAUGAGAGCAAAUGCCAAGUUUAGUUCUCUUAGAAAUAUAAAAUUAGCUUUAUGUCUAAAGAAGCUGUUUUGCAAUUUUCUGAACAGCUUUUCCCUUGAUUUUACAGCAAUCUGUGAUGUCAGUUAGGUUUACCAGGUACUUAAGUAAAAUGUAUUACUGGUUACCUUAAAAGAUAGUGUUGUUGCUUUGGUAAUUGUAUUAAUGCUAAACUUGAUCACCUGACACUGCCAAGUGUCUCUGAAGAACACUUGUGUCCGAAUUGAUGCUUUGGUACUCUUUGAGAAGGAACCUAAGAAGGUGCAGUAACAUUCAUUGGUCUCAGUACAUCACUAAGAAAAUAGUGCAGCCUAUAAAAGUAAACCUUACACUUUUACUUCACUCCUGUGUUUAAUUCCUAGUAUUAUUAUGUAGCUUACAUAAAUGACAAAAAUAUUUAGAUAAAUCCUUAAAAAUAUAAUUAACUUUUGCAUGCCAUUUAUUACCAAAAGCAUUAAUACAAGCAAACCUUUGAUCCUUUCAAGAAAAUCAUCAAUGAUUUAAAAUGAUGGAUUGAGGUCAGGUCAGAAGCCCAGAACUCCCUUUGUGUAAUCAAAUCAGAUUUGGUUGAAUUUGCUUGUAAUUGUUUAAAAGAACCUUCUGGAAUUUAUAAAUGUGAAUGGGGGAAAAAUCCAUAUGGUAAUGUUGUGGCCCUAGUGACUGAGAGGGAAGAGAUAUACACUGCUAUUUCUGGGCUCUAUAUAGAGCUCUGGUAAACUUCGUUGGAUUAAUGAAAAAGACAAGUCCAUUCUAAGAAGUGUUGCAGGUGAAGCAGUCUUCCUCUUUUCAUAGCAAGGAUGUCCCAGGAUACUGGAUGGAAGUUCUGCUUUCUGUUCUAUUCCACAACCCACACACAAGCUUGUACCAAAGUGACAGAUGGUGGCUGAUGAGCAGCUAUUGGCACACUAGGCCUGAAACCUAUUGUUCAGAUCUAAAUUUGAUGACAAAACACCAUUAAAAAAAAAAAAUCUCAAAAGGGGAGGUGUGAACAGAAUCUCUUGGCAUUAAAAUCAACAUGUUAGACCUGAGAGUUGUGUGUUGUUUGAAUAGAACAGUUUUUGAAAUACUUUCAUUAGUAAUUUCUUAGUGAAGGCUUUCUGAUAAGCAUAUUAAAGAAAAAGGGAAACGUCUCUCUGUGUCACUUGAUUGUUGUAUAGUUCUCACAUUGCACAAAUAAAUAAAAAAAAACUUUAGAAAUGAAGUCAUGUGAUCAUGAGCAAACAUGAUGUGCAUUAUUUUUACUUCUGUAGCAAUUUAAUCACUAUUUUUGUAAUGUAAUCUAGUGCCAUAUUAGUAUUUCAUGAUCUUCAAACAGUGCUAUACUAGAAGCUGGAAAUACACUGAAUUGAUAGCUCUUAAGUGACUAGUUUUGUUAAAAGUAGAAAAUGAAUUCAGACUUCUGGGAAACAAUUCUUUUAGAACUGGCCUUUCAAAGUGUUCUUAGCUUUAGCUUCUAUGUUUUGUCACUCAAAAGCAGGAUACAACUUGUCUGAGAUUUUCAAGUUAUGUAUGACAUUGUGUCAUUUCUGUUUGUCAUGAUAAUUUUAACAAUAAUCAGUUGAAAGGACUGUACAAAGGAUUUAUUUUUGCAAUUGUGAUUACUAAAAUAGUAAUGUAAACUUAAUGAAUGUUAAGCAGGGUAGCCCAAAUUAUGAUCUGUUUCAGGAUUUUUGAGUUAUGUGUAUAAUCAAGAUUUGGUUUUACUUUUUAACUAAACUUUUUGGUUGUUCUUGUAAUAUGUUCAAUGAUCAGAGGCUUUUGAAGUAUUCAAAAAUAAAAAAAGCAAUCCCUAAAGUA